UAUUUCAAGGGAUAUAUAUUUUGCGAGGGAAAUGACUUUACAGCCACAGAUGCACUCCCGUAACUAACAUGGUUACUAGAGAGUUGAUAUGGCAAGCAGAAAAGAUGCCGUAUAUGUCGAUCUAUAUCUUACAAUUCGACAACUUUUCGUGCCAUACGUUCGAGGCUACCCCAGUUUUUUCAUGCGAGUUGUUGGCUUCUCGAGGAGGACACGUCAAAAUCAUUCCCGCAGUCAAGCAGGGAUAGGUAAGUUGGUGCAAAUCAUCUUCUCUUAUUCGUACUCGUUUACAUCAUCUAUUGGUCCUGUGUACGACUUAUCUCGAUUAUUAAUUGAACGGAGAAUACGGAAAUCAUUCUUGUAAAGUAAAAAUAAUUAAAAGGCAAAUGCAUACUUAUACUUACCUACAUAGAUUUCAUCUUAUUCAACACUGAGCGGUUGCAAACUGUCUUUUCCAACACGUCCGAAUUAGCAAAUUUCUCGACAUCAUGGCGCCCGUAAUAACCAGGGCAGUGCGUGCUAUCAGCGCAGUGCCGUUCCUCUUUUUAACAGCAUGGUCUUUUGGUGCGAUGGACUUGGAUAAGAUGGCUUCGCACACUCAACCCUUCGCGGAUUCGGGUGUGAUAGAAUGGGACGGCGGCAAGGUUGACAUCAUCGACCACUUCCACAACGUUGAUAUCCUUGACCAACUAUGGCGUGGUGGUAUGGCGACGUUCUCGACUUCGACUUUUGGGUAUGACAGUGUUAGCUCGUGGCAGGUGUUCUCAUUCCUUAUUGACCUUGGUCCCAUAUACGCCAUCUGGAUAUUGGAGUCGUACCGUAGGGUAAAUGCUUGGACACCGAUAUAUCUUCCGACCAUCUUUACGGUAGCGGCACAGUUAUUUGGCAUAGGCCCGGUAUCCGGUGUCUUCUACUUUCUGUAUAUCACUUUUGGUCCAACACCUUCUGAGCUCGCCCGUUCCACUCAAAGCCGGUCCAUUUGGAACAAGGGCAGCAUACACCUCAUCCUCAUUAUUCUUCUACUACACACGUCUGAGAUAUUCGCCAUGUUUCUGGCCCCCGAUUUCGCCACUCGUCAUUACUGGACUUGGGCCUGGCAACUGACCCCUCUAUGGAUCGGUGUCGCCAAUGUUCUAUUCGACCAAACCCUACGCCUCCUGGGGCUAAGGAGACUGCUAUCUAUUUCACUUGCACCUUUGCUCAUAAUAUUGGGCUUUAUUUCUAGUAGCGUCUGGCUUUUUACUCUAAGCUCCUCCCCAUACCCCUUAACAACUCUCUUCAUACCCGACGCCGAGGAGCAAUUCGAAUUUAUUACACAUACUCGAAGAGCCCUACAAGCAGAUGAGUUAGGUGUAGUUGUUAGCAGCUUGCUAUGGUUGGUCUAUUCGUUUUUCGACUUGUAUAUCGCCGGUUUGGUAGGAUGGGAAUGGCUCGUUUACGCUGCGUCGCUUGGGGUCGCCACUCUCUGCUUAGGACCUGGGACGGCAAUCUCGGUUGGGUGGUAUCUGAGAGAAAGGGCUUUGGUAUCAGCUAAGAAAUAGAUAUCAUUGUUGCCUCUAGAAUUUACGAGCUCUGCUCGGAGAAAAGAAAUCUAUACUCU